UCAUGGCAAUUACAAUGAUUGUUGGUCAUAUAACUCUAUGGCAAAAUAUAAUCUUUAACCAUGAAAUAACACCUGUAAAUAAUCCUGAAACGAGUUAUAAACUAGUGUUAACAGAUAUUACACAAUAUUGUUACUUGAAAAUUAUUUUUUUGAAUGAGAUUUUGCAGCUACUCUAAUAUACAGUAUAACAAUCAAAUCCUUCUGCUAUUUUUGCUUGA